AUGGCGCCCGCCACGGACACGGCCAAGGCCGGCAGCAAACGGCGCGCGCCCAUGAGCUGCGACCGGUGCAAGAGCCGCAAGACCAAGUGCGUGGACCCGGUGCCGGGGCCGUGCCAAUUCUGCGCCAGCAUCAGCGCCGUGUGCCACCUGGACCCGUCGCGGCGGCGGCAGCGGCCGUACUACCACGUGUCGGAGGAGGAGUUCCGCUACAUGACCAAGGCGCUGGAGCACUUUCUGCCCAACGUGGACCUCAACCUGCAGUCGCUGCGGGAGGUGGUGCAGGCGCUGGAGGCCGGCCAGCCGAUUCGGGGGGCCGACUACACGUACAGCGGGCAGACGCCCAUGCAGUCACAGACACAGACACAAGGCCAGACGCAAAGACAGGCCCACGCGGGUCUGCUGACCGCGCCGCCGUCCGAGGGCUCGGCGUCGUCGGGCGACUCGAUUGUGGUGGGCGACGACAGCAGGACGACGCCGGCGUCAACCGUCGCGGCCAAGACGGAAGACGCCGCAGCCCUGGACGCGUCGAUUGACGAGAUCGACGAGCUGCACGGCGAGCUGGGGUGGCUGCGCGUGGACGCCCGCGGCACGUACCGCCACGUGGGCGCCGACUCGGGCUACGGGUUCCACGCGGCCGUGCGGUCGCUGGGGCACCGGCGCGGGUCCGAGGCCCGCAGCAGCGGCGGCGUCCUGGGCGACAAGGCCGCCGUGGGCGCCAAGACAGACCUGGUGCCGCCCUUUACGGUGCCGCCGCCGCCGCUGCCGCCGUCGACGCCCGACUCGGUGGGCGUGGGCGGUGUCAGCGUCAGCGGCGGUGUGCCGUCGCCGCACGCGCACCUACCUGUCUACAACGCCGCCGUGCACGCGUUUGUGCCGGGCGCCGGCGCCGGCUCCGGCGGCAGCCGGCGGAUGCAAAUCUUUCUGCCGCGGCGCGACCUCUGCAACCGCUGCGUGUCGCGCUUCUUCCGCGACAUCCAAUCCGUCUACUGGUUCUGGUCGGCCGAGCGGUUCUACGCCGUGCUCGACCGGCUGUACAGCGGCGACCCGUCGAGCGCCACGCCGGCCCUGCUGUGCUCGCUCUACUCAAUCUUGGCCCUCACCUGCGAGAGUGAGGCGCAGCAGGCGCAGGUGUCUGCGUCGUCGUCAACGGUCCCCGCAGCAGCUGGAGGCGGAGGUGGAAGUGGAAGUGGAGGGACAGCCGGCACCGCGCCACCACCACCCGCUGCGCGCUACUUGGCCCUCGCCAAGGGCCUCGUCAGCGCGCUCUGCGACGAGGCCGACUCGGACAGCGUGCGCGCCCUGUGUCUGCUGGCGCUGGCCCUGCAGAGCAGCAUGUUCAGCAACACGGCGUACAUCUACAUUGGCGCGGCCGCGCGCAUUUCGCUGACGCUGGGGUUGCACCUGCAGCGCGCGAUCGAGCCCAAGGGCUGUCUCCAGCGGCAGGUGGACCUGCGGCUCUACUCGACGCUGUUCCUGAUCGACCUGGACGUGGCGCUCGAUGAGCAUACCCUCGGCGGGGGUGGUGGUGGAGGUGGAGUAGCGGCGGCGGCGGCGGCGGGUGGCAGCGGCGGACGGGUGCACGAUCUGUCGGAGCAGAUUCUGUCGCCGGGCUCGCACAUGCCGCUGGACUACCUGACGGUGUCGUGCUCGCUGGCGCAGAUCCGACGACGGCUGUGCAAGCUGCUGUACGACCGGCAGUCGUCGUCGUCGGUGUCGUCGUCAUCGACGAUGCCGGCCGUCGCAGCAUCCACACCACCCGCUACGUCGGCGUCGCCAUCGCAGCUUCUGCCGUCAUCGUCGUCGCCGUCAUCGGCCUCGCCGUCGGCCACCGCCGCCGCUGCUCCCAAACCGUCCCUGGCCGCCGUGCGCGACGUCUUGGCCAGCCUGCGCGCCUGGUACGCGGCCAUCCCGCCGCAUCUGCGCGACGUCGCCCGCGCCGCAUCCUUCCACCAGCGCUCCGUCGCCGUCCUGCACCUGCGCUACUGGAGCGCCACCAUCUUCGCCACACGGCCCUUUUUGCUCUACAGCGCCCUCCACAGCGCGUCGCUGGCCGCCCUGCCGCCCGCCAAGCGCGCCGCGUUCGAGGCCUUUGGCGCCACCUGCCUCGAGGCUGCCCAGCAGUCGCUGGCCGUCGUCGGCGUCAUGCAGGACGCCGGCCUCCUCAGCAGCCUCAUCACCCUCGACACCGGCUGCAUCCUCGAGGUGCUGCAGGUCUUCCUGCUCGGGCUCGCCCGCGGCGAUCCGUCCCAGGCCGAGCACGUGCGCGCCUGUCUGCGCAUCCUCCAGGGCAUGGAGCAGAUCUUCUGGACGGGGCACGCCGUGCUCGAGGUCAUGGCGCAGCUCGAGGAGAACGGGCUGCUCAACGGCGACCAGCAUUUCAGUCCCCAGGGCGAGACGCCUACGCCGGGCCACUUUUUCCUCGACAUCCAGCAGCAGCAGACCAAUUUAAUCUCCGGCGUCAUGGAGGCAUACUUUUCCGACAUGAACGACCCCUUCUUUUCUGUUUACGAUGACGGCACCGCCUCGAUGCUGGGCGACCAGUUUCCAGACACGCUGCACGGGGGACUACAGAUGUGA